AUAUUAGAUUCAAUCGAUUGACAUUCCACCGUGCUAUAAUGUAUAGCUUUUAGUUUUUGAGAUUCUAUUUGACAUAUUGUCACAAACAUUCUCGAGAUAGCACACAAAAUAGAGCUUUUGGGGCCCGGCCCUUGAAGCCCACCAAGUAUUGGGCUUCUGGUCCAAGGAUUGAUUUUUUUUUUUUUUUGAACAUAGUCAACAAGAAGAAAGGAGAGUCACAAAGUGAAAGUACAGGGCUCAACAUCGUGCGGAAGUCGACCAAUAGUCGAACUUCCGAUGAAAGGGCUUGAUUGAUUGUUAUACUAGAAACGAACGUAACGGGCUGACAUUUAUUUGGGCUAGACCAAGAUAGUCUUGGAGGGAGAUUAGUUGUGAAUUGUGAUGGGCUGUGGCUCCGAAGGCGCGAACAGUGAGUCAGCAACUCAGCAAACGGUUGCCGGCAGCGGCGACAAUGCGGCGAUGGCUUCACCUUCGCCCCUCCGAACUAUCAACCGCUUCUUCCCAAAUGCUUCUCCGGUCAACGCCUGGAAUUCGCGAAUACGGAAUUCGGUUGGUCUGAACAACCCCCACGAUGCGCUCGCCCUCUUCCGCCAGAUGAAACGAGACGGCGUCGAGCCGAACAACCUGACCUUUCCUUUUGUUGCCAAGGCAUGUGCCAAGCUCGCCAAUCUCGGUUGCUCCCAGAGUUUACAUACCCACUUACUGAAAUCUCCGUUCUACUCCGAUGUGUUCGUUCAGACGUCUUUGCUGGACUCGUAUUUGAAAUGCGAUCGACUAGACAUGGCUCACAACGUGUUUGUGAGAAUGCCUGAGAGGGACGCCACGUCGUGGAACGCGAUGCUAGUGGGGUUUUCUCAACUGGGUACCCACGAUAGAGUGUUUGCCAUUUUCAGGGAGAUGAGGUUUGCCGGGAUGUCCCCCGAUUCAGUCACGGUGAUGGGAGUCAGUCGAGCCGUGUCGAGUGUGGAGAAUUUGGAUUUGGCCAGAGGGUUGCAUGCCUUUGGUAUUCGAAUAGGGGUCGAUUAUGAUGUCUCCGUGGCUAAUACUUGGGUAUCUCUGUACGCUAAAUGUGGCGACUUGAGGUUGGCUGAAUUGGUUUUUGGCGGGAUUGAAGCUGGGUUGAGGAGUCUUGUUUCAUGGAACUCUUUGAUUGGUGGGUAUGCUUACUCUGAGAAAUAUGGUGAUGCCUGGAAUGCGUACCAAGGGUUGCUGUUGGAAGGAUUCAGGCCGGAUAUAAGUACACUCGUUAGCUUGCUCUCUUCCUGCACUCGGACUGAGGUAUUGUGUCAAGGUAGACUGAUUCAUUCUCAUGGAGUCAGAAUUGGUUGUGAUACUGAUGUUUCCGUUUGCAACACACUUAUAUCUAUGUAUUCCAAAUGUGGUGACAUUGACUCUGCAAGGUUCUUGUUUGACGCCAUGAGUCACAGAAGCUCUGUUUCCUGGACUGCUAUGAUCGGUGGAUAUGCUGAGAAAGGAGAUCUGGAUGAGGUAUUGACAUUGUUUAAAGCCAUGGAAAGAACCAGGGAAAACCCCGAUUUAGUCACUGUGCUUUCUGUGAUUUCAGGCUGUGGUAAUGCUGGGAUUCUCGAAACUGGAAGAUGGAUUCAUAAUUAUGCGGAGUCGAUUGGGUUAAAGAAUCAUGUCCCAGUUUGCAAUGCUUUGAUAGAUAUGUAUGCAAAAUGUGGAAGCAUAAGUGACGCCCGGGCUCUAUUCUGCACCAUGCCUGAUAAAACUGUCGUAUCUUGGACAGUAAUGAUUUCAGGUUGUGCAUUGAAUGGACUGUUCACAGAAGCUUUGGAUCUUUUCUAUCAGAUGGGAGAAUCUGGUCUAAAGCCAAACAGUAUCACAUUCCUUGCUGUGCUCCAAGCUUGCUCUCAUGGUGGCUUCCUGGAAAAAGGAUGGGAGAUCUUCAAUCUCAUGACUAGAAAAUACAAAAUAAAUCCAGGGGUGGAUCAUUGUUCUUGCAUGGUUGAUCUACUCGGACGUGCAGGAAAGCUAAAUAAAGCAUUAGAUUUCAUCUUAAACAUGCCAGUGAAUCCGGACGGGGCCAUUUGGAGUGCAUUACUGUGUUACUGCAGGAUUCAUAACAAUGUCGAGAUUGCUGAAUAUGCAGCCACCCGUCUGUUCGAGUUGGAGCCUUCUGUGGCCGCAGCUCCAUACGUGGAGAUGGCCAACAUAUAUGCAUCUGCUGGAAGGUGGGACCAAGUUGCAGGGGUGAGAAGCCUGAUGAAACAGAACAGGUUGAAGAAGUCUCCAGGGAAAAGUUGUGUUGAAGUGAAUGGGAAGCUAUGUGAGUUCACUGUUGAAGACAGAGGACAUGAUGGAGGUGAGUUGAUAUAUGGUGUUUUGGAACAUGUUUUCUUGCAGUUGAAGGAACAAGUGGCUAAUGAAGAUUCACUUGGGAUUAUGACUUGUGAUUUGUAACUUAUGUAGUCUCCAUCACUAACUCAUUAUAUGAGAACCAUAGGGAAACUAAUUUCAUAUUUUGUAGUAUUUUUCCUUUUUGGAUUGCUAACAGUGAAAAGAAAAGAGUAAAAAAUCUAACUUCUCAGUUGUGACUGAUGACCUACUGGCUACUGGUACAGAUAAACUGAUCUUCCAUGU